AUGAUGAUUAGCGCGCAAGCACCGCUGGGCGGCCCCGAUCCCAGCGGCGGUGCAGCACCGGCACAUCAGGUCACCUAUCUGCAGGAGCUUCGAAUCCAGGACUUUGCGCUGGUCUCAAAACAGACCGUGAAGUUCACACCCGGCCUCAACGCCAUCACCGGCGAGUCGGGGUCUGGCAAGUCUGUACUAAUCGAGGCCCUCGGGCAGCUGCUCGGCAACCCCGCGCCCCCCGAGUGCGUGCGGGCGCCCGCGACGUCAGCGGUGGUGGAAGGAACAAUCCUGCUGUCGCCAGCGGCGGCGCGGCGCGUGGCGGCGACGGGCGCGGCGAUGGGGCUGCCGGCGCGCGCGCUGCCGGCGGGGGGCGGGGACGGCGGCGGGCCGGCGACGCUGGUGCUGCGGCGGGAGAUCACCACACUCCCCGUCGGCGACGCCCCGCCGCCGCCGCCCGACGCGCCGCCCGGGCAGCGCCUGCUGCGCAGCCGCUGCUUCGUCAACGGCGCCACGACCAGCCUGCGCGUGCUGAGGGCGGUCGCGGGGGACCUCGUGGAUACCAACGGGCAGCAUGCGGCGGUGGGGCUGCGGGACGGCGGCACCCAGCUGGCGCUGCUGGAUAGGAUCGCGGGCAACUCCGCGCUGGCUGCCUGCGUAGCGUCGCGGCAGGCGCGGCUGGCGGCGCUGCAGGAGCUGCUGCGGGGGCUGGACGCCCUGGGUGAUGAGGGGGAGCGCGCCCGCAUUGAGAAGCUGGUGGCGCUGGUGACCAAGGCCGCGGUAGAGCCGGGUGGGCGCGUGUGA